AUGGCUGCUUUCUCUCUCUCAGAUUGUGAAGGUGAGACUCUGCGAGAAGAGAUGGCACACUCAACACCAGAGGAGAGAGAAAAGAGACCAGCAUACACACUCUUUGAAAGGAACAACCCCAUAGAAGGAAGCAACCCUCCAGUGUUUGCUCUCCCUUUGAAAAAGGAAGCAAACGCAGCCUCCCUACCUAAGUACCACCUAGGAAAAGAGAACCUGAAGGCCCCCAACAAAGUCAUCAUGAUGAUGGGAGCAACAGGGUCCGGGAAGACCACCCUCAUCAAUGGGAUGGUCAACUACAUCCUGGGCAUCCAAUGGGAAGAUGAAUUCCGAUUCAAACUCAUUCAUGAAGAGACCAAUCAGAGCCAAGCUCAAAGCCAGACCUCUGACGUAACGGCUUACGUGGUGAACCAUCAGAAGGGCUUCAAAGUUCCCUAUUCUCUCACCAUUAUUGACACUCCAGGAUUUGGGGACACAAGAGGAAUCGAGCAUGACAAAUUGAUCACAGAGAAGAUCAGGAAGUUCUUCUCUAAUGAAGGAGUCAUAGAUCACAUUGACUCCGUCUGCUUUGUAGUCCAGGCCUCCUUGGCUCGCUUAACUAAGACCCAGAAAUACAUAUUCGACUCAGUCCUCUCCAUUUUUGGGAGAGACAUAAAGGACAACAUCCAAGUCCUGGUCACCUUUGCAGAUGGACAGACCCCUCCUGUAAUAGAAGCCAUUAAGGAAGCUAAUGUGCCAUGUGCCAAAGAGGCCAGCCGGACAGCCGUCCACUUUAAAUUCAACAAUUCUGCGCUUUUUGCCAGCAAUGCUGGCGAGUGUGCAGAAAGCCUUUGUUUUGAUGGAAUGUUUUGGAAAAUGGGUAAAUUGAGCAUGAAGACCUUCUUUGACUCCCUGAACAGCAUGAAAGCUAGAAGUUUAACUCUGACAAAGGAAGUCCUGAGAGAACGGGCAGAACUGGAAACCACCCUGGCGGGACUGGACGACCAGAUCAAAGUUGCCUUGAUGAAAGUAGAAGAACUGAAGAAGACGCAGAACACUGUGGAUCAACACAAGGCAGACAUAGAAGCCAACAAAAACUUUGAGUAUGAAGUAAAAGUGAAGGAAUCCAUCAAGAAAUCCACUGAGUAUAAUGCAAACAAUUGCAGCAAAUGUAACUACACCUGCCAUUAUCCUUGCAAUGAAAAGUGGGACAUGUUUAAACGCUUUUGUACAGCUAUUAGCUUUUUCUCAGGUAAAUGUAAUGUUUGUCCUGGCUGUUGUUCUGUGAGUAAACAUGUUCAAGAAAAAGUCAGAUAUGAAAGGAAAAUCACUACAAAGAAAAUGACCUAUGAAGACCUGAAAAAAAAGUAUGAAAAAAGUAUGAAAGGUAUAUUCACCUUAGAAGUAUUGCUUGAGCGCCUGAAAGGAGAGGAGGAAGAAGCAAAGAAAAAAAUGGAGGAACUGAUUGAGAAGGCAGCCCAAAGCUAUCGGCGCCUUGAGGAAAUUGCCCUGAAGCCCACCCUGGACUCCACUGCAGAUUACAUUGACCUCCUCAUCCAGGCAGAAGAAAAUGACCGAAAACCAGGGCAUGAGGAAAGAAUCAAGAACUUGAAGAAUAUGAGGAGACCGAUAGAGCUGAUGGGAAAGAUUGCCCAUGAGGCUCCUCCGCCGCAUGAAGGAGAGCUUCCGCCCGAGGAGAAAGGAAAAGGAAAAGGAAAAGGCAAAGGCUGGCGAUCUGUUUUUAACCUAUGA